AUGGCAGAAGUGAAAAAAUGUAAUGAAGAAAUCUCUAACGAGAAUAGCACAAAUGAGUUCCUAUUUUACGAAAAGACUUGUGAAGCGUACAAAGAUGAUGAUGAAGAAAUAAAAAUGAUUUUUAAUGAGAUUAAAAAGCUAUCGGAUCCAAAAAAUAAAGAUAGUGAAAUUGGUGAAGAUGUUGAAGAUGUGGAGUUGAUUUUAAAAAGAGCUGAGCACAUAUCUCAUGAGACUGAGAAUUUAUUGAAAAGUAGCCCUAUUGCUACUGUCUCAAACGGCUUUUAUGCACACACCGACCCAGGAAAUAUACCGAAAAUUAAAGUCACAAAACCCAAUGAAAAUAUUCAAAAUGAGAAUAAAAAUGCAGUUUCCAAGGUAAGAAAUUAA